CGGGAAGAAGAGCCUCGGUUCUCAUCACAGGGAGGAAGGAGGUGGAUUCGCUUCAUCACUUGUUUUGUGCUUGUUUUUUUUUGUUUUCCUUCUUCUCGUGCUCUCGGCUGCAGGUGGAGCUGAAACACACUGACAUACACUGACAUACAAAGGCCAACCCGGAGAGGAUGCUGUAAGCUGUGUGCUCCGCUUUCGCCCCACAUCCCUCUCUCUCUGUCUCUCUGUCUCGUGCCUUCUCUCUGUCUGUGAAAGAAGAUGAGCAAGUCUCCCACUCCCAAAGGCACACCGGUGCAGCACAGCCCGGUGGACGGCGAGUGUGUGUUAAUGGACGCAGUUCAGUCUCCACCUCAGCAGGUCACUCCGACCAGUGGCUCAAAGAAUCGCAUCUCCAGCCUUCUGCAGAGCCCUUCGUUCCGUGAGGAGCUGGACAUGUUGAUUCAGGAGCAGGCGAAGAAAGGCGGGAGCUCGUCCAGUCUGUGGGCUCUCAGGCAGAUCGCUGACUUUAUGGCCUCUCACGGCUCUCCUGCUGCACUGCCCUCGACUAUGACCAUGGUGACCCCCAUUAAUGAUCUGCAUGGAUGGGAUGGCGUUGCCAUGGUAAAGGGGGAGCGGCUGAUGCGCUGUAAGCUGGCGAGUGUCCACCGUCUGUUUGAACUGUACGGCUGGACUCAGCUCACUACCACCCGGCUCACGAUGCGUAUCAGUAAAGAGCAGGAGCACUUCCUGGUUCUACCUGAAGGCCUGACCUAUGGCGAGGUCACCGCCUCUAACCUGGUUAAGGUGAAUAUCCUGGGUGAUGUGAUGGAGCAGGGCAGCACUACAUUAGGAGUAGAUGUAUCCGCCUUCAGCCUGCACUCGGCCAUUUACUCCGCCCGACCCGAUGUCCGCUGCCUGCUACACCUCCACACUCCCGCUACAGCUGCUGUGUCAGCCAUGAAGUGUGGCCUCCUGCCGCUGUCCCAUGAGGCUUUGCUGGUGGGCGAGGUGGCGUAUUACGACUACAAUGGCUUGAUGGAGGAGGAGGAGGACAGAGUGGACCUGCAGAAGAGUCUCGGGCCCACAUGCAAGGUUCUCGUCCUGAGGAACCAUGGCUUCGUGGCUCUGGGAGAGUCGGUAGAGGAGGCCUUCUACACCAUCUACCACAUCCAGACAGCCUGUCAGAUACAGGUUUCAGCUCUGUGCUGUGCUGGAGGAGAGGAGAACCUCAUCAUGCUGGACCGGAACGUACACAGACCGAACCCCACCGGCACCGUGGGCUGGGCCGGAUCCACCUUCGGACCCAUGCACAAGACCCGACUCGGAGAGCACGAAUUCGAGGCGCUCAUGAGGACCCUCGACAACCUGGGAUACCGUACUGGUUACGCCUACCGCUUCCCUGUCCUCCUGGAGCGCUCCAGGACGCGCAGAGAGGUUGAGGUUCCCGCCACCGUCACCUCCUUCAGCUUCGAUGAUGAGGGGAAACGAGUGCAAGUGCGCCUUCAACCUCACGCCCACAAACAACAGCUGGAGAAAACGAGAUGGCUGAACACACCUAACACUUACCAAAAGGUCAACCAGGACCAGGCGAGCCCCGGCCACCGCACCACGUGGCAGUGGCUGCGGUCGGACGAGGUAACCCAAAGCGGCGGCACAGCCAUCAAGAUCGAAAACCCCAACCAGUUUGUUCCUCUCUUUACCAACCCGCAGGAGGUUUUGGAGACCAGGAAUAAGAUCCGAGAGCAGAACCGUCAGGACAUGAAGACGGCAGGACCGCAGUCUCAGUUAUUAGCUGGCGUGAUCACGGAGAACAGCCCACCGUCUCCAGAAAUCAUGGAGCCCCCUUCAACCCCCGAGCCAGAACCACCGAACCCGUUCAACGAGCUGACGGAUCAGGCGCUGGAGGAAUAUCGCAAAGAAGUUGAGCGUAAGAAGGAGGUGGACGGUGUGGAGGAGGUGACAAACGAUACAGGGACUCCUCCCCCUGCUUCCUCUCCCACAAAAGUCCCCUCCCCCAUCAAACCACCUGCCUCAGAGACGGACGGGAAAACCACGGACACGGUCCCGAAUGGGAAGGAGGAGGAGGGCGAGAAGCAGCAGGAUGAGCUGGAGAAAGGAUUGAAGGCUCUCUCAACCAGUGACACAUCAGAAACCUCUGUUGUCCCGCCCACUGCCCCGCCCACCAAGCCUGUGGGCACCACCCCCGAGGGCUCUCCCUCAAAGUCACCGUUCAAGAAGAAGAAGAAGUUCAAAGCUCCGUCGUUCCUAAAGAAGAGCAAGAAGCAGAAAGAGAAGGCUGAGACUUGAGAUCUCUCUCUCUCUCUCUCUCUCAUACACACACACACACACACUCUCUCUCACACACACACUCUCUCAUACACACACACGUCUGUUGUUCCAGUAACACAAACAUUUGAUUAACACAGUGUGUAUCCGUCUGUUUGUCCAUGAAGCAUUUACAGAUUAUUGUUUUAUAACAAAGCUUAUUCUCAUGAUGAUCUGACUAAACCCCACAACGAAGAAAGCUCCAGAAACGAGCUGUUCACACGCUUUUUAACUUAACGUUACACUCGGCACGAGCACGUUAGACAAGAACACGGCAUGAAAUCAGCACUUGAGAUGUUAAUCGUCUGCUGACGGUUAUAUCACACACGUACCUCCUAUCAUGUGUCAUCUUUACCGACGCCGGUCUGGCUUCCUCUUCGAGUUUCACAUGGUUAUAAAUAGAAUUUAUGAAUAGAAAAAAAUAAAACAUCAAAUAAACAUGACUUUGACUUGUAUAUGCAAACGAAUGAAAAAAAGGCCCAACUUUGUAACAGCACUCAGACAUUCUACUUCCUAGACUUAUUUUCUAUUAUCCUUUUUUUUUUUUUUUUUGCAGUUGUAAUUAUUUUUACAGUCAGUAACUCUUAUUUAAUCUCCUUUGUGUGCAUAUGUGCUGGUUUGAAUCCAUGUCAUGUUAGGAUGUAAAGUGAUAGACGAAACCCGAGGUUGUGCCGGUCAAUAAAAAUCAUUGACAAGAA